AUGUCUAUAUUUUUCGAUUUUGAAACUGGACCAAAAGGUACAAGGUUUAGACGAGCAGUCGAUGGUGAUAAGCAAGACAUUGAAGCGAUAAUAAACCUCCAAUACACUGAACCACUUUUUGGUGAUUUUAAUGUCGCGAAAUUGAUAGAAGUGUCAACCCUAUCAAUUUGUAUGAUAAAUGAUAACAAGGAUGUAAUUGGUUUCAUGGCUCUAUGCGACCAUCCCAACAUACCUGGCGUUGACCCUUCUGAUUGGGAAAUAUGGAUGAGAAAUAUGUUUCAGAAGUAUUAUUUGUCAAGGAAUACACUGUUCAUACAUUUCAUGUGUUGCAUCGAUGCCGUCAAAGACAGUUUUAUCGAAGAAUCUUUCGUUUCGAUCUUUCGUAAUGAUGUUUAUCUUUUAAAUAUCAUUUUGGUUUUUCCGCUUCGUUGUCCGGAAAACUGCAUGCUCAGAUACCAAACAUUUAAGAAACGUAAUAUUUACAAAUUCAAGCCUAAAAUAAAUUGUGAUUCCGAAGGCCUUAUGUAUCUAUACGCCGCUAUGCGCUCGGAAUUCUGCCCAAAACUUAAAAUUCGUCGAGCUGUAGAGGAAGACAAUGAUGACAUCGUACGUAUUCUGGGCAAAAAUUGUCCACGUUUACAAGAAAUAUAUGGUGACUAUUACAUAAGUGAAAUUAUUGGACGUCAUCUAGAUAUGGACAGAAAAAUCGUUGUCGCUGAUCAUCGUGAUGAAGCAGUCGGUGUUAUGUGCUUGAACUCUGAUAUUAAUUACGAUAAUUUGCAAAACACUUAUGAACUUGACACUCUUCGUGGUCUACGAAAGGCAACGGCCUUAGAAAAAGAACAAUAUAAGCGAUCUAAUACACUCUUACAUACAUUUGGAGAGCCGAUAAUGAUUGGAAAAUGGAGUCCAUUUCAUGAACCGCAAUAUGAAACUGAUAAAAUAAAUAAUAAUUCAAAUGAAAAAACAUCUAAAAAGAAGAUCAAAUCACAAAGUAAGGUUUAUUUCGACCGUAAAUCAGCUGUUAGGCAAAGUUUUGAUCAUUUUUAUUACAAUAAUUCCGAAGACUAUAGCGAAAGGGAGAUACAUUCGCCAACACCUUCGAAUACGACCAAUUUGUCGGUUGCAAAUCUCCUAGACGACGAUCCCUUUGACUACGAAAUUGUUAAUAUUGAUCACCGUCUGUUGACUGUACCGGAAGUGCUUUCUUGUGAUUUUUUGUUACCUAACAAAACAAGCCAAGGACCACGGUAUUCUCGCGCAUAUCAGAUACAAGAUAACUUUAAACGAAGACAUUCUGUAUGUAAACCUAAAAACAUCGAAGAUGACAAUUCGCAGAAAUAUGCAGGCGAACCAAAUGCCUUUAUGAUAGAAUUGUUUGGACUUCGGGACGAUAUAGAUGAUAGACAAUCUUUCUACUUGUUAGAAGGAGCGUUCGAUAUAAUGAAGGAUUUUGAUUAUUGUAUUAUUCAGGUGCCUUGUAAAGAAAAAAGUUUUCAUUUACUUCAGCAUUUUUAUUUCGUUCCCGCCAAAGAAAAUGUUUCAGCUGAUCACGCUCUUUACGUUGCUCAUCGAAGUUCUGUGCUGAGUAAAAUAAGGGUUCGAAGGGCGGAACUGAUAGACGUACCUCAGAUUGCACAACUUCUAGGAAACUUAGAUGGGAAGGAAACAUUAUGGACUAUAGAAAAUACUAUCUUAAAGAAAAGCCAGCUUCAGUGCUACGUAUUUAUGAGCAGUGUCACUCUUAUUGGUGUUGGUAUAUUAGAACAACCCGAACAAUUAGACUUCAUACGUGCACAGUUCAAUGUAGACUCAUAUAGGAUUCAUAAACACCACACCAGUCAAGGUCUGGAUUGUGGUUUUGCGACACUUAAAACUGUUGUAAUGUAUCCCGUAUUUGAAACACAUUACAAAUUCUUCGCUAGAGAAAUGAUGAGAUUAUCUGGUUCAAACGCACUUAUGUGGCUGACUGCAUAUAGGAAUAAAUGGGUAAUUCAUAAAGCCAAUACGCUGGCAAUUUCUAUGAUACCUCUAAUGCCGAGAACUUCAGAAAUCGAUUGUAUAUCUGUACCAGAAUUAAGAAGGAUUCGAAAACUAUCCAACACUGUAACGGCCUUUAGUACUUGGUUUAUAAACAAGAAACUAACAAGUGUACCUAAAGUAAACGUCGACUCUAGAAUUCUAGUUGUUGGCGCUUCAAGAACUGCGAUGGCAUUUCUCAACCAGUUGCUUUUUAGCGACACAAGUUCCUACCUGUUCUUUACUAACGUUACCUUAGUAUCUCCCCAUGGUUUGCCAUACACGAGACGAUCGAAACCACUCUCUGAAAUGAUGUUUCAAAAAUAUCAUACUAAUUCUGAUAAAUAUCUCAAAAGCAUACCUUACACUUACUACGUGAAUGUUAUUCAAGAUACUAUGGUAGAAAUUAAUAAACGAGAAAAAUACAUAUUAUUAUCAAAUGGUCGCAGAUGUCAUUACGAUAUGUUGCUUUUGUUAUUUGGAAAACAAUACAAACAUCCUGAUUACUUGAAAAAUAUAAAGCAAAGAGAAAAGGAUAUAAGAAGCGGUAAAAUUCCUCAAUACAUACGUCUCGACAUACCCCAGCCUAGUUUGGAGCCAAGACUUACUAACAUUACUCCGGCUAACGUUUUCAUUGUAAACACGAUAGCUGACGCUAACAAGGCACUUAACUUUGUGCAGACUUUUAUGUGGCAGGACAAAAUUUCAGAUAAAAUAAUAGUUUAUGGCGCUACAAGACAUGCUUACUGCUGCUUAGCUACUUUAUUAGAAAUGCAAGUACCUCCAGAAAAUAUAGUUUUUAUCGAACCAUUUCCACCGCAAAAUGAGAGAAAAGCAAGAGUAUCGUUGUUUUGUAAUGUAUAUGUUGAUAAGUCGGUGCGUGAAGUCCUCAAAAAUCUUAAAAUUAAUGUAUACCGUUCAUACUAUUUUCACCGCUGGAACGUGGAUGCUGACAAUUUGGUUACUCAUGUCGAUUUCCUCUCGAAGAUUCAUCUGUUACGACUGCAGUGCUCUGCCAUGUUCUAUUACGGCAGUAAAGGUGUAAACGAAGAGGCUUUUAUUGCAAUUAAUAAAAGCGGCAUGGCGUAUGAUGGAGGAAUAUUGAUAGAUCAUCAGUUUAGAACAAAAGAUCCUUCGAUUUAUGCGGCUGGUCCAGCCACUAGAUAUUGUAGAAAACAUUAUGCCGAUACAAAACAGCAAAAAUAUUUUGAUGCUUUCGAAGUCGGAACUAAGCUAGGAAUCCAAAUAAGUAAUCAGUUAGAUCCAUUCUUCACGGAAACACAAAAAGGUUCUGUGAAGCCUCGAACACGUUCAAUAAAAAGUGUUAGUUUUGAUUUGUCGUUAACUUCAAGUAGAGACAGUUCCGUUACAACAGAAUUUGCUACCCCUGGUCCUUCUGAAUCAAUUCAUAGCAAAACAUCUAAGCAAUCGUAUGAUUUGGACGAAUUUCAAAAAGUUCCUACAUUUAAGAAACCUCAUGUGGCAUAUUACUUACUGCCUGGUGGUCUACAGUACUUAGAGGUUCGACCUCCUGGGAUGAGGGUACCUCAUCACUAUUUACAGUCUUUACAGUAUAAUGGUUUUGUAAUGGAAACCUUUAAAAAUGGGUAUUUCAAACUUCAUGUUACAAACGAUUUAAUUGUCGAUGGAAUAACGUGUUUGACUCCAGAAAAGUUUUCACUAGAAAACUUUAAAAAUCUUUACGGACUUUCUGCAACCGUAUUAAACAAUGUCCACUUACGAUAUACUGCUAAAAAAUUAGACAAUUUCUAUACUUUUUUCCGAGAACCGUGGGCUUACUUCUUAUAUCAUGAUCAAAGUGAUGAGUUAUUUGCUAUGGUCAAAGAAAUACUUCCAAAGGGACAACGACACGGAAAGACUUUGGCUGAAACUAUGCGAGAAAUUGGAGACAAUUUGAGUAAAAGCAAUAAACACAUCUAUCUGUCUAUCCUCAUAAACUAUGGCACUUUUAGUAUUUAUACGAAUGUCAACUUUACUUAUAAAUUUCAGCCAUUUAAUUUCCAAGCAAAAAUGAAAAUUCGAUCAAGUUUUGAAAAGUCACCUCACGUGGAAGCCAUUACGGACUAUGUUUUAGAAUGGCUAUCGGAAAAUGAUAUCCUACUGCCCAUGUACUUGCAACCUUGGCAGACGACUCAAUACCAUUAUGAUUUAGAUCACAAUCCGGUAUUCAGAAAAAGAAAAAAUACGAUCGCUAAAAUGUUAUCAAAGAUCUUCUAAUUUGUGAUUUAUUAAUAAAUUUCUAAUUUUAACAAA